AUUAAUGUAUCAAGGGAAUUAAGAUGCGGUGAAUACCCGCGAGAAACAUGUAAUUCUCGAGGCCGUAGGCCGAGAGAAUUAGUUUCUCAAGGGAAUUUGCCGCAAUUUAAUUCACGUGAUGCAUUCAUAGUUUUAUUUCAUACUGGUUUUAAAUAUUGAAACGAAUAGGAAAAGAAUAAAAUGAUAAAAUGAUGAAUAAAAUUUUCGAAUAGUGGGUGUUGCAUCGUUGUCUUGGUGAUGUAUUUGUUUGACGUUAAAAUAAAUACGUUAAUUGAGUUUACCUAUUCUUCGAAUUUCCGAGUUUACGAUUUGGAAGAUCCCAUGGAAUUUGAGGAAAACUUUUCUGAGGAUGUUCUCAGUGAAAUUGCGCAGGCUGAAGAGUGUUUGGUUCCCAUAAAAUCUAAAAAGGCAUAUAAGAAGGAAUUUGACCGGUUUUGCACGUGGCGACGAGAAAAAAAUGUAACAGGAGCUUCUGAAAAAGCUCUUCUUGCCUAUUUUUCGGAACGAUCCAAGAUAUGUAAACCAUCCUGCCUGUGGACGUAUUAUUCUAUGGUGAGAGCGAUGCUGCGUUUGCAUGAAAAGAUUGACAUUUCUAAGUAUGGUAUCUUGAUUUCGUUUUUAAAAGCGAAAAAUGUAGGAUAUAAACCAAAGAAGUCACAGGAGUUGAGUCGAGAACAAGUAAUCGAAUUCCUCCAGCGCGCCCCCGAUGAAAAAUAUUUAUUCGUGAAGGUGGUAACUGUAUUGGGAAUAGCUGGUUGUUGUCGGACAUGCGAGCUAGUAAAUUUAAUGGUUGGUGAUGUUGAGGAUAGAGGAACUGUUUUCGUCGUAAAUUUGGUGGAUACAAAAACUCACAAAGAUCGUUAUUUUACUGUUAUUGAUGAGACUGCGGUGGAUUGUCUUGGUAUUCUUAGAGCUUACAUCAAAUUGCGCCCUCCCAACGUUCCACACAACAGAUUCUUUUUGAAUUAUCGCAAUGAAAGGUGCACUACGCAACCAGUGGGGAAGAACUCAUUUUCAAAAUUACCCUGUGAAAUUGCCAAAUUUUUGAAGUUGUCGAAUCCCUCUGGUUACACGGGGCAUUGCUAUAGAAGAACUUCUGCUACUUCGUUAAUUGAAGGAGGGGGCGAUUUGUGCAGUCUUCAAAUGCAUGGGGAUUGGAAGUCUUCAAAGGUUGCUCAAAGUUACGUUGAUCAAUCGAUGCCGCGAAAAAUGGAUGUUCAAAAGAGGAUUUUUUCAACAGUUACAGAAAAAGCUUCCACUUCGGUUACGACUGAUAUAGGUUGUAUGGUAACUGGUAGCAGCCAACAUCUUUCUUCUGUUUUCGCGAACUGCACGUUUAAUCAUUGCAAAUUUGAUAUGGGUGGAAAUUGCAACGAUCUUAAUGCUAGUGUCGAUGUAACGAAGUGUGAUAACAUUGAAAAUUAACGUGAUCUAGUUAAGAUUAUGUCAACCCCGCCAUGAGGGAAUUAAGUAGCCUCGAAUUCCCGUUGCCAAUGACAGCGGGAAUUCAGACGUUGUUUAUUUUGUUUAAAACAAAAAUGUUAUGUAGUAGUUAAGAUACCAGUAUGAAAUAAAGUUAAUAAUCAUGUCAU